AUGUCUACAAGACGAGCAAGAGUCAAAGCUGUUAUUUCUUUACCGCCUCGAAGAAAGAAUAACGAGGCUGCAGACAAAGCCAACGAACCUGUUAAGGAAGCAGCUGAGAAACCGAUUAAAAGCCCUAGAACGCCACGCGGUUCUUUAAAAAGUCAAGAUAGCAUUGACAGGCAAUCGCCGAAGCCUGGAUCUCCACUGAGGUCUCCGCGCUCUGGGAAUGUUUUAAGACAACAGGAACGAGUGCCAUCGCCUCUAGUUCAGGCUGAAGUAACAAAAGAAGCAGCUCUUACGCCAAAGAAGGCGGCAAAAGUAUCUGUGAUAACGAGUGUAAAUAGUGCAAAAUCAAGUGUGUUUGUGUCGCCGAAGCGAGUAGCGAGUCCAUUUAGGAAGCUUACUCCUUCUCCUCUAGUCCAUACCUCAGUCAGUGUACAAAGAGUAACUCCUUUGACUCCUGAGAAAGUUGCUAGAAUAUAUAAACUUGAUGGGAAUAAAAUUGUGGAGAGUGAAACUAGCACUACUAGUAGUAGAAGGAAAAGAGGUAGUAAGGAUGCAAGUACCUCUAAUGUUGCUUCUGAUGUUCCAGACGACUACAAUGUCCCAAGCGUACCCGAAAGUAUUACCGAAGACACAGUUAUGGAUGGUAUUGUACCUCUCCAAUCACUCUCAAGUAGUGGUCCCAAACCCUUGGCCCUCUUGAAAAAUGAGAUUAUAUCGGAAAAUGUGGAAGUCUCAUUCGACCCUAUUGUGCCAUUGCCCUCACCGAGCAAAGUACGGCAGAAGCUUCGUCCAGUCCCCAGACUAGCGCCUUUGAGAAGAAAUAGUGUGCAGGGCAGUGCAUCAGAAUCGGAAGAUGAGAGUCGUCGCGCCUUACUAAGCAGUGGUGGUACGUCCACUCCGGCCCCACCGUCACGUCAGCGCGAGCGCAGUGAGACACACACUCCACAGCCAGUGCUACCUACACCCAACAAAGAAAUAAACCGCAUCAGACAAGAUUCAGUGUGCUCCUCAGUCAGCCAACUAACUACUGCCACACAGCCACCGACCGCCACUUCACCAACCAAAGAGAAACAAGUAUCCAAAACCCGUCGCCUGGAUAUGUCACGUCGCAUGGCAGCAAUGCGCCGGCGCCGCGAGGCAGUCAAGAAGGACACGCUCACUAUGUACGACCUAAUCUUCUACAACCCCACCACCAACCCUAUUGUGCCAGACGACGAUGAAAUAGAAGCAAAGAAACUGAAUGAGAAAGAGGAAGCGGCUCGCAAUGCCAAGCAGGCCGAGGACAAGGAGGACGACGAACCGGAACAGGACGCUGCGCCCGUGCCACAGAUCAAACUGGGACCUAAUGGAGAGAUCAUGCUGGAUGAACAGAGUCUGGUAAUAAAACAAUCCCAGAAACGCAAGGUAUCCCAGAACGUGGUCCACGAAGGUGCGUGGGCUACUGGCAGUAGUAGCGGGCGCUACCGGCGCACGCCGCGCACCGCGGACUGGAGCGACGCCGAGACUGUACGCUUCUACAGGGCACUCGCCGCCAUGGGGACCGACUUUAUGCUGAUGGAGAGGCUCUUUCCUGGACGAACGAGAAGGGAUUUGAAGCUUAAAUUCAAAAAAGAAGAACGUAUGAACAUGGCACAAGUGGACAAGGCGCUCCGUACUACAGUGAAAUGGGACGCUAGUCGACUGGAGGAUGAGUUCCAAGCAGAACGCAAGGAGGCCGAGAUACGUGCCGCUAGAGACAAAGCCGAACUCAACAAACGUACCAAGGAGAACCAACAACGACGCCGUGAAGCACGCGACCUGAAGAUAAGGAUGAAAGUUGGUGAAUUGGAUGAAGGUCACGGUACAAAAGCAUUGGAGUCCUCAAUAUUCCCGGAUACAUCAGUCACUCUCACGGCAGAUCAAGUUAUACUCCGCCAUCACGAGGCGAAAGAAAAAGCGAAGGAAACCAAAGGUAAAAGGGGGCGACCGAGACUGGACAGCCCUUCAAAGUACACAAUCUCUCAAGAAACUACACGAGUUAACGUCACACCUUCACAACCACACUUGGAUAUGGCAACACUUACAAAAAUAGACCCUAAGUCUAUGGGCAAAACGCCCGAAAAGCAACCAACUCCUUCACCGGUAGUGCCUUCAAAUAUAGAAAAUGGAUCCCUAGUCGUACUCACGGUCAAUGACCCUAAAUCUCCUGCUAAGAAAAUGUUACAAACGUACAUAGCGAGUGGUGGAGGCCGACUGACUCCGGUGGCUUUACCGAAUUCGUUACUCAACUCUGUAGUGACAUUUAUGAAGAAGGGAGGGACUCCUAAAAGUAUGUCAGCGGCUUCCUCUCCUCACUUGACCUCUCCCAGCAGUGUCACAAGCCAGGACAGUCGGCCCUCCUCCACUCCAGGAGUCAUUGUGAACGCCAGUCCGGCGAAACGACAACGACAUAGUUCAUACACUAUAACGCAGCUUUAA